AUGGAGCUUGCUAGAAGGGUAUAUGAUGAAAAUCGCAUCUCACGAACCAACACCCCGAGGGGAAGUAUCAUCAUCCACCGAGACGACGAGGACCCAAAUCCGGGCAACUGUGUAACAUUCAUUCACCCCGCUUAUGGCUCUGAGAUCGAAUACAGGGGCGAGAAGGAUGCCGAUUAUCAUGCUAGCAUAUCGCUCUCCAAACUUCACUCUGGCAUCAAAUCUUGCGGAUUCUGUGCUGUGCUGUAUGAAGGCGUUCAAUCAAAACGAUACAUGUGGAUACUAUCCUGGGCAAGAUUCCAGUGGUUAAACUCCCACUCCAGCGACGGCAUAACAUACAAGAAAGAAGGAAAUCUGUGGAUGCACGAAUAUUAA